AUGCCAUUACGGUUGGACGUAAAAAGAAAGCUUCUGGCACGAUCGGAUCGCGUGAAAUGCGUUGAUCUUCAUCCAACUGAGCCAUGGCUCUUAGCCGCUCUCUACAACGGAAACGUCCACAUCUGGAACUAUGACAAUCAACAGCUUGUGAAAUCUUUCGAAGUAUGCGACUUGCCUGUGCGUGCUGCCAAAUUCAUUCCUCGAAAAAAUUGGGUAGUGACUGGAUCGGACGAUAUGCAUAUCAGAAUUUUCAAUUACAACACUCUUGAACGAGUUCAUCAAUUUGAAGCACAUUCGGAUUAUCUCAGGUCAAUAGUAGUACAUCCAACUCAGUCGUUUGUGAUCACCGCAAGUGACGAUAUGAUGAUCAAACUAUGGGAUUGGGACAAUAAAUGGCAGAUGAAGCAGAGUUUUGAAGGCCACACUCAUUAUGUGAUGCAAGUAGCUAUCAAUCCUAAGGACAACAACACGUUUGCUACGGCUUCACUUGACAAAACAGUCAAGGUUUGGCAAUUUGGCAGCCAACAGCCGAAUUUCACUUUGGAAGGGCAUGAAAAAGGAGUAAAUUGUGUGGAUUAUUAUCACGGAGGAGAUAAACCAUAUCUCAUUUCUGGAGCUGAUGAUCAUUUAGUAAAGAUUUGGGAUUAUCAGAACAAGACGUGCGUCCAGACCUUGGAUGGACAUGCGCAGAAUGUCUCUUCGGUGUGUUUCCAUCCAGAGCUUCCUCUUAUUAUCACAGGCAGCGAAGAUUCUACUGUGCGUCUCUGGCAUGCAAGCACGUAUAGAUUGGAAACAACGCUCAAUUAUGGCUUGGAACGUGUGUGGUGCAUCCAAGCACAGAGAGGAUCUAAUACAGUUGCUAUUGGAUAUGACGAGGGCUCGGUCACACUGAAACUGGGCAGAGAAGAACCCGCUGUGAGCAUGGAUCAGUCGGGCAAAAUUCUUUGGGCGCGGCACUCAGAAAUUCAACAGGCGAACCUCAAGACCUUGGACGCGGAAGCUUCUGAAGCGAUUCAAGAUGGUGAACGGCUGCCCCUAUCGGUCAAGGAUUUGGGUGCAUGUGAGAUUUAUCCGCAAACUCUCGCUCAUUCCUCCAAUGGACGUUUCGUCGUUGCCUGUGGAGAUGGAGAAUACAUCGUUUACACAGCAAUGGCACUACGAAACAAGGAUUUCGGUCAGGAAUACAAACAGCUGCGCACUGAUGCUGUCAUGGAAGGGAUUGAUGGCGGACCAUUGUUGGCUGCUCGGUCUGCAUCGAGUCUUUGCUUCUAUGAUUGGGAGACGGCACAGCUUGUGCGAAGAAUAGAAAUUGCUGCGAAACACGUUUACUGGAGUGCACGGAGAAUGAAGAUUCAUUCUAUGUGCUCAAAUACAACUCGAGAAGCGUUCGCUAGUGCUUCUGCUGAAGAAAUCACUGAGGAUGGAGUGGAGGAUACAUUUGAAGUUGUUGGUGAACAAGCGGAAGGUGUGAAAACAGCUUUGUGGAUUGGAGACUGCUUUGUUUUCACGACAUCCUUGAACAGACUCAACUACUACGUAGGAGGAGAAAUAGUAACUAUUGCUCACAUGGACAGACCUCUUCUCGGAUAUAUGGCCAAGGAAUCGCGUGUAUAUGCUGUAGACAAGGAAUUGAAUGUGGUUUCAUACAAGCUACUGCUCUGUGUGCUUGAAUACCAGACGGCCGUUAUGAGAAGAGAUUUCGAAACCGCAGAUAAGGUCCUUACAACAAUCCCUAAAGAACAACGGACUCGCGUUGCACACUUCCUCGAGAAGCAAGGCUUCAAGCGUCAAGCUCUCGCCGUGUCGCAGGAUCCUGAUCAUAAAUUUGAUCUUGCUUUGGCUCUCGGUGACCUCAAAACUGCAUAUGAUUUGGCCAUGCAAGGAGACAGUGAGGAGAAAUGGAAACUCCUCAGUCAGGCGGCGACGCUGAAGUCAGAGCUUAUGCUUGCUGGAGAGUGCCUUGGUCGGGCGCGGGACUAUGGUGGUCUUCUGCUUCUUGCGACUUGUGCUGGAUCGGCUCCGCUACUUAACAAGUUAGCCGCGGAUUCUUCUGCCAAUGGUCAUCACAACGUCCAUUUCACGACUAGCCUUCUACUUGGAAAUGUGGAUGCCUGCAUCGAUUCUUUGAUUGCAACAGAUCGCAUACCUGAGGCGGCUUUCUUCGCAAGGACGCAUUGCCCGUCUCAGUUGCCGCGAGUGAUGGAACUUUGGAAGGAGAAGGCCGAUCGUGUACAGAAAAAUACAACCCGGAAAAUUGGCGAGUCCCUUGCUGAUCCUGUGCGAUACGAAAAUCUGUUCCCGGAGUGGGCGUCAUCGCAACGAGCCGAGUCCUACCUCAGAGAACUUGCGAAGCUCUCUGUACCGGCUUCGGUGCGUGCCCCAACCAAUCAGAGCAGAAAUGUGAUGGAAGAACUGGAGACGGCGUUGAGCACUGGAGCUGUAACUUUCGACGAAGCCGGACAAGCUCAUCUUCGCGGCGUUCCGCGGAAAACAGCACCAGUUGUGAAUUCGACUGAUUUGAUACCGAAUUCAGUACCGAAAGCGCCUCCUGUCGCAGAACACAUUCCCGUUGUUGCUCCAGUUCUUCCUGAUGUUUCUCGUAAGCGAACCCCAUCACCAGCGCCGGCUAGAGAACCGACACCCGAACCAGAGAACGAUGUAAGACAGGUUGGAAGUGUGGUCAAUAGUGUUUUCUACGUUGAUCAAAUUCAUUUAAUAAUGGUUGAGCUUCAGCUCUCGGACGAUGACAGUGACGGCCUUUCUCGUGAGGCAGUGUCUGUUGCUACCGCUGCUCAUGCUGAACCAGAUGUGGUCAGUGAACGCCCCAGACCAGAUGUGGUACCGCGUCAUGGUGGGCCGGAUCUUUUGCCAUCUGCUGCUGGACAGCGUGCUGCUCAACCAGAAGUUGUUGUUGAUGCUGGCGAAGUGCGGUGGUCAGAUGACGACUUUGGAGAUGCGGAAGAAGGUGGUAACGACAUUAACCUUGAUGAUCUGAACCUGGAUGACGAGGAUUGA